AUGGCACAUAUUACAUUUGUUCCUGUCGUGUUGAUACUAACUUUAUUACAGCAUAAAACACUGUUUUCCACUAGCCUGACAAGUGGACAACCAGACGUAGCGGAUGAGCUUGGGCUACAUAAUGAUCUGCAGAUUACCAAGUAUGAUUCCAGAGUUAUUCUGUCCUGGAACAAUAACCUGACAGAAGAAGAGACAAAGAAGUACAGUGUGAAGUAUAUUUUGAGUUACACAUUCUUCAAUACCUCUUAUGAAAGGAAAGAAAGAUUACAAGAAAAGAAAAAGAUAAUACGUCUUGAGUUACAUUCUGGUUUUAAUGCUAAAGUUAAAACACAGCUUUUUGCAAAAGAAACUGAAGAGCUAAUUAAGGAGAGUGGCUGGACAGAAUGUACUUACAAGGCUCCUCCAGUAUAUAUUCAGAAUCUUUCAUGCAUCAUAUAUAAUAUUUCUUUCUUCAAUUGCACCUGGCACAUUAAAGCGGAAGCUCCUGCACAUAUCCAGAUUUUUUUUUCAUACAGACAGACAGGAAAAUAUUUUGAAUGCCAGCAAUAUAUUAAAAAUGCAAGGAAGAAAAAUAUUGGAUGCCACAUGAAAGACAUAUAUUUCCAGCCAUCAAGAAAAAUCAAAUUAAAUAUAUCUGUAACAGAUCUGAAAAAUAAUUCAAGGGGACUUUCUUAUUACAAAGCUUUUCUACCUCAGAAAAUAGAGAAACUCAACCCACCGAUCAACGUCUCAGUUUCCCUUGAAAACAGAAGUAUUAAAAUUCACUGGAAACCCCCGCCUACCAUUGGUUCAGCAAGUAACAACUGCUUCAUGUAUCAAGUGAAAAUAACAGACCAUAAGAUUGUAGAUGUUGCUGCAGAGAAAUAUGAGUAUCCACUUCACAGGCCAGCAAAGAAAUGUACAGCACAAGUGAGGGCAAAGAAAGAAGUAUGCAUAAGAAACAAGAUAUGGAGUGACUGGAGUGAACCAGUGAUUAUUCAUGAUGAAAAGACAGUGGACAUCAUGCUGCUAAGCCUCACAUUGCUUUGCCUUCUAAUUUUCCUGGGAGGUUUGCUGAUAUGUGCGUGUAGAAGGUAUAGAUGCCUGGAAGUUUUAACCAUGCCUGUUCCACAUCCUACAGAUAAUAUCAAAACUUGGUUAGCUGCAGAUGAGACUCACCACCAGAAACAAACUUCUAUGCAAAUGGAAAUGCACUCAGAGGUUAUUCUGGGAAUACUAGAAGAGAAUGGAGACAACAUUCAACAACAGGGACAUUUGAAGGAAUUUGAAUUAGAAGACCUGUAG